UACGCGGCGUCGAUUCAUCUUUCCGUGAUUGUCGCGUUGGACGCAUGCGCGUUAGACAGCUGCGUCUUUUUGCGGACACUCUGCUCUGCCCGCACGCUUGUCACCUCAGUUUUACCAACGCGCGUUUCAACCGACAUGCGUUCCCGCGAGUGAGCAACGUAGGCAGAUCAUUGUGCGAGGUCAUCGUCGUCGAACGUCGAACGUCGUCGUCGUCGCGAUCGUCGCGAUCGUCGUCAAUGCUGGUACGCAUAGACCGUGUCGCAUCGUCAUCGCCGUCGUCGUCGUUCUCGUCGUCGUCGUCGUCGCGGUUGUCGCCGUCGUGAUCGCGGUUGUGCUUGUCAAUCGUGCGAGCCCGUCGCCCAAACCUCCGGGGUUGACUCCGGAGAAACGCGACAUGUCGGUGUCGCGAGUGUCUGGAUCGCGACGGGCGCAGUGACGACGAUUCCGUCAGCACACACACCGAUGACGUCAGCGGAAUCGCGAUAUGAUGGAGUCCAUCAGAAAAUGGUUUUACAGGCCUAAGAGGGACGACACAAGUCUGCUGGCUCAAUUCUUUUACGCCGAUGAGUCCUUGAACGCAGUCGCCUGCGAGCUGGACUCCUUCGACGGUCGACAGGAGCCGGAGAGAUGUACGACGCUGGUGAAUCAACUGCGACAAUGUCAGGACAAGGUGCUGACCAUUUGUAAUCAGAUCAUGGAUGAGCUGAUACCCGAGAGUCGCGCCAAUCGGGACUUUAGGGUGAAGUUUCCCGAUGACGUGAUGCAGGAGAAUCUGGCCGGGCAGCUUUGGUUCGGCGCGGAAUGUCUGGCAGCCGGCUCGUCGAUCAUGAACCGGGAGGCCGAGAGCUCGACCAUGAGGCCGUUGGCGAAAGCUCUCACCAAGUCGUUGGAGAUUGUCAGGAACCUGCUGAGAGAGCAUGCGCUUAAAGGCCACAUGAAUUUGAAGGUGCUUAUGAAUACGCGAACGCAAAAUCCUCUCGAGCCAUCCUUGGAGAAGCUCAUCGAGUCGUUGAAGAUCUUUGAUCGACUCUUUGCCGAGUUUGAGCUGUGUUAUGUCGGCGCGAUGGUACCGGUGAAAUCGACAAAGGAAUACGAGCAGCAGGAACUUGUAUGUGUGCUGUUCUCGGAGACUUUACAGAGAGCGCUUGAGCGCGGUUUGUUGGACCAAGCUGAUGUAGACAAUUAUGAGCCGGCUUUAAUGUUUACUAUUCCACGAUUGGCUAUUGUGUCGGGACUCUUGGCGCCACCCGGAGGACCGUUGUGCCUCAAUUCAUCCGAUACUAUAAGCGAGAUGUUUAGACCAUUCAGAACUCUUCUUCUCAAGAUAAGAGAAUUAUUAUGGACGUUAAAUAAUCGCGAAUUGUACAUGUUGGAGAAGCUAUUAUGCUCGAAUGAGGAGCCAUCCAGUUCGAUCACACAAUCAACGAAAUCAACGUGUCAGGACAUACCAGAUUUGGAGGAAUAUGUUCAUGAUUUUUAUACCGGUUAUCCGAAUUGCAAAGAGUUCAUCAUUGAUUUUUACACUGUGACAAAAAAUACGGGUAAUAAUAUGGACGAGAUAGCGAGUGAUGCAGUUCAAUCGUUGAACGAAGGCGAUUCGAAAGUCGAUCAGUCGCCGAUCAAAAAACGCGAACAGGAUAGAGAGAAGCGUAGAAAACAGAAAAACGGCGAGGAAACUCGGCGCGAAGACUUAAACAUAUCCUCGGAUGGGUGUGAUAAUAAGGUAAUGUGUAAUAGCGGCGAAAAGACGCGACAAAGUAAUGGAGAAAGUGUCGGUGAACGAGUGCAAUGUAGACGCGAGCUCCCCGACGCGUUGUGUGAUAACGAACGGUUUCCUCAUGAUUGUGAUUCGGUUUAUAAUAGCGAAAAUAAUACCAGCGAGAGUUGCGACUCGAUAGCGCGAAGUGACAUUGUGAGAUUGGAUGUAGCGGGAAGUAGCGCUUCCGCGAAUAUCGUCGGCGACACGCGGAAUGAGGGAAGCUUUAUCACUUCCGACAUAACUCACAUACUUGAGGGAUGCUCUGAUAAUAUAGAGAUACCGCAAACGCAGUAUUUGCUUAACCAAGUCACUCGCGAAAGUACCAUGGACGGUGAGGCCGCGCACAUACCUGACAACUCUUUACCCGAUCUAGAUUCUAAGAGACUCAUCUCGGAGGCGAAUAAAACUCUCUCGAAUCUUUUGCUGGACUCGAGCGAAUGCCAAAAUGAGAUUUCGGAACAAACGGAUUCCGGCAUAUGUACGGUAAUAUCAUCCGAGAACACUAGCUUGUACGACAAGAGCCCGGAAGAGAAGAAGACCUUCGCCAACGAGAUCCAGAGAGAGGGAUGCGGCGCCUCGGAUGAAGAGGAUACGCAGGAGAACACUAGUUACUCUUGUUCCAAUAUGAGUUCGCCGAAAAGAAAAAAUCCCGUAAACUCAUGCGUUUGCAGCACGAGAGGCGCAAACAAGACAGCGUUAGAUCACUCAAUCGAGGUAUCUGGUUUGCACUCGAACGGACACGGGGAACUAGAUGGGAAAAACAUUCCACGAAUAUCAUCGAAUUUCGACGGCACCAACGAGGAAUUCAUCGGUGUAGCAUACGGCAAUGGCCAAUUAACCCUCUGUGAUUCCAAUCAGUCCACCUUCCAAAUAAACUAUUCCGAGAAUUGGGAAAAUCUCAAUUUGAAUAUCGAUGCGUCGAGCUCCAGGAAAGAAUUUUGGGGAGAUCUAAAAUGCGAAAAUUGCCCGUCCACUUCUCGUAGUAUCGACGAGAUUGGCAAAAAGAUCGAGAAAUAUGCGCAGGAUAAAGCAGCGACGAAGAAGACGCGGGACGAGAGGCAGCGACGGCGACAUCAGCACAGAUUAGUGGACCGAAAUACACAGAGGACCCAUCACGGCAGGAGAGAUGCUGAGAAAAGACAUCUGCAGAUCGUGCGAUCGGCCACGAGCACCGAAAGCUCCAGAUCGAAUUCCACGGAUCGAGGUUUAAAUUCACGUUUGACCAACCUCGGUGUCAACUUGCAAAGCACCAGGCAGAUGCCGAAUUUCGGUAGUCACAGUCCACACAUGAGCCCGAGGCUUCAUCAUUUCGAAUCGCGCAGCACCCCGAGCUCCGGACAACGCUGUUGCAAUCUGGGAACGCACUGCACGAACAGAAACUCAUCGCCGCAGAGCAGAAAGUUGUUGGAUCAUAGGAGAUCAAAGUCCGAGCAGAUCGCGAGGAUGAAGAGGAGAGACGUCGACAAGAAAGAGAAGCAUGAACGGGACAAGUACGCACGCACCGAGUCUACUAAGAGAAAACGAGGAAAUGGAAGUUCCAGCAGUCUCAUGAUGAAUGAUGGACUAGGCCCGAGAACGGACAAGAGUGGUCUUCCAACGGAGACCGUUGCUACGCUCUCGAACGCAGCAAUUCGUCAUGCAAGGGAUAAUCCCCAGAGAUCCGUGCGGGCGAUGAGACUGGUUAAUACGUCGACGAUAUCCGGUGUACGAAACUCUGAUCAAUCUCUGAGCUACAAGACCAACGUGGUGGCAUCGAGUUCCAGUUGUUCGAGCUGUUGUGAUUCGAGUUCGGAAACCAGCGAGUUUCACAGCGACUGCCAAGAUGACGAGGAGAUUGCACUGGCGAUGCAAGCUGCUGAAAUCGCAAAUAGAAAUCAAAUCAGAGCCAAAUUUCGAUCUUCGGAAGAUCUAGUCCAUCGCCUCUUCGUUUGCAUAGCGGGCGUGGCGGAUCAGUUGCAAACAAAUUUCGCGUCGGAUUUGCGAAAUAUUUUGAAAUGUGUUUUUCUCAUGAAUAGUAGUCAAAUAGUAGAAGAUACCGAAGGAUCGAAAGAUGAAAGUUCAGGUUCCACGAAUCAAUCGACAGUAGUCGUACCAAACGACACGACAGAGACGGAAAGUAUUCACGAACGCCAAGAACCAUUACCCGAAUACGAAGACAUGGAGGAAACCUCAUUGACCCAUGAUCGAACUUCUCCCGUCACCGAGAGAGGAGAAGAAUGCGUCGAGAGAGCACCCGCUUGGGUGCCGGACAAUGACGCGCCAAGAUGUAUGGCUUGUCAAGCGGGAUUCACGGUCGUGCGACGUAGGCACCAUUGCCGAAACUGCGGUAAAGUGUUUUGCGGUCGUUGCAGCAGCAACAAUGUCCCACUGCCUCGAUACGGGCAUACGAAACCCGUGAGAGUAUGCAACAGGUGUUUCCUGUACCAAGUGACGCCCUUUACUACGGUCUCGCAAGUCACGUCCACCAGUUGAAUGUUUCUGGAGUGGCUUGUAAAUCCGAUUAUAUUUUCUAUUUGAAGUCUCCCGGUGUGUUACGUAUUCCCUUUCAAUGUGUGUAACGUAUUCGCGCAAAUUUGCAACCGUUUCUUGAUCGUAAUAAAGUCAUUAUUCUUAUAUAAUAGGAACGAUAAUUCAAAAGAGUUCUCUUACAAUUAGUAGAGCGGAGAAAAUCGGGUGUAAUUAUGUGAUACUCGCACAGUGUUACGAACUUUAGUCCAAUGAAUUAGCUGUUUCAUUAGUCGAAGCAGUCGUUUUUCGAUUCGGAAUUGUCAAACUAUAUUCGGGUAUUUGCUUCUCUUCUUCUCUCCUAUUCUUCUUAAGUGAUAUAUAUAAGUACACACAUUAAAUAUAAUAUAUAUUAUUGGAAAAUCUGAUGACAUUUGAUUUGUCCAAUUCUCUGUGUUUAAAAGUUUGUAAAAAGAGAAACCGUAGAAACACGUUUAUCGUAUAAAAAUGAGAAGAGAAAUUGGAGGGAAAUCACUGUCACCAGAUCGUUUUACCGCGUUUAUACAUUUACGUGCACUUAAACUGUAAAAUUAGAUAUACCAGCGCUAAUCGCUCAUAUUUUUACACAUUGUGAUUAGAUAUUCUUCAAGAAAGUGUUAUUACGAUUCGUGACAAUUACAACAACGCAAUUUUACUUUGGAUAGAUGAUAAGAUUCUCUGUAAAUUGUCCCAGUUUAUUUAAGAAGGUCCUGUCUUUGUUUGAGACAGACUUAAGCUAAGAUUGUAUAGAGAGCUAUCAUCAAGAAUGUCUUUAUAUUACCAUUUUUAUUAUUCUUAUGUAUUAUUAUUUCAGCUAUAAUAAUUAUUUUAUUAUCAUUAUUAUAUAUUAUUCUUAUUAUUUCACCAUAUGAUUGUAGCUCUCGUACGAAUUCAUUAUACGAAUUAAAUGAUUAUUAAUUUUUUAAGUUAUAGUUUUUGCCGAUUUAUCUUAUAAACUAAUAACAGUUUUUUUAUUUUUGUUCAAAGUGUGAUAGAACUUGUGUUUUCUAGAACGAAAUAUACGUUUUUUUGCAAUUUAUUUCGAUAUGUUUAUAAUAAUUUCGCGAUGUAAGUAAUAUCCUUGGUGCGUGGCACAUGAAACCCGUAUAAUAUUAUGAUAUCAAUAAUUAUCAUUUUCAUAGAUUCAUAAUUAUUAGAGUUAUUAAAACGUCGAUUGCGCACACUCAUAUUUAAAAGAAUGCAAACUUAAGUAAAAUGUUAUUAAUUGCAGCAGAAUUUCACAAAUCAAUACAUAAAUAAGCAUCACCAAUACUCCAAGCAUGAAGAUUCUUUUAAUUUGAGAUAUUUAGUUUUCUCGUUAUAUGAAUAGAAACCGAGAAACUAUUCCAUUGCUUGUGUAUCUUUCAAGAGAAAACUCUUGGAUUGAUAGACGAUGAAUUUCCAUAAAAGACAAGCUUAAGACUUGAAGCAUCAAAUCCUGUAUGAUGUCUAUACUCUUGUGUGAUGUAUAAGUGUGUGUACAGACUGGAGUAUACAUAUACUCGAAUAACGAUAAUAUUAAGGAAGAAAAUAUGCAAGAAAAUUUAUUUUCUUUUUUUUCUGUGUUUAAUGGUCAGGUCGCGCCGCAAGAGAAUUUCUAAGCAUGUACUGCCCGGUGAUGUAUUUCAAGGUAUAUACACAGGUGCAUUAGCGUACACGUAUGCACGCACCCAGACACACAUAUAUACGCGACUUGCUCCUCUGUGCCAAAUUUAUGACAAUACUUUCCUUUGUACAAUUCACACAUGAAUUUGGUUCCUAUCGAAAAACUUGGACAAAUACUUCCGAUUAUCAAUACAAAUGCAUCGCGUUGUGUUAAAAAUAGAUUCAGAAAUUGUAUAGUGAAAGAGAGAGAAAGAGAAAGCAGUAUUCGAGAUGAACACCCGACAUAAUAGAGUGUGUGUGUGUGUGUGUGUGUGUUUUGAUUAAUAAAAAGACUGGUUGGAUGUAUAGAUCGUUGUUUGCUCAUUAUUAUUUCGAGCAUUCGCCGAUAAUUAAACGAUAUAAAUAUCGAAUAGUGCAGAUUAUAUCACGUUUCUUUAAUUUUUAUUUUCAAUUAUAUUAUCGUUUCCAUUAUAUAGUAAGAAGAGAUUAUCUCUCUCAAUUUCUCCAAACAUCUUGUCAAAUCCCCGCAAACAAAUUUCAAUUUGAUGUUUAUCAUUGUUUAAAAAAAUCGAUUAAAAAACGAAUUAAUUUAUAACAAUAACUGGCGCUAUUAAAAACGAUAUUUAGCUUGGCAAACGCCGAUAUUGCGCCGAAUAUUCGACCAUCAGUAUAAGAAAAUAAACGUAUCACGAUCAUAUAUAUAUGUAAACGAUUGUAUAAAUUGAGUCGAUUCUCGCUGCGGUUAGCUUUAUUGAAGGAAUGGCGUUAAUUGGAACCGAUAUGUAUCGAUUCAUCCGGCAUUUCGAUACGAUUAUCGAUUUUCAUUACGAGGAUGUAAUAAUGUUCCCUCGAAACGAAUAAUAAAAUAUAUCGUUCGGCGAGAUCAAACUUGUAGAAAUCGUUGUACAUUAUAAUCGCGUGCGCAUUGUAAACUAUAGGUAGAACUUUUUCGAAGGAAAAAAAAAAAAUUAUAUAGUGUCCAUGGAACGGCGAGAGUGCUCGUAAGACGUGUAAAAUUAGCUAGAGAGAGAGAGAGAGAGAGAGAAACAAACUUAUUUCCUUAUACGUGUAAGGAAUACAUCGAGUAGAGAGAAUAUACCUUUAAGAUUCGAACGCGCUUAGAGACGGAGAGUUAUUUUUUACACAUAAUCUCGAUGCCUUGCUAGAAUAUCGAUUGUGCUUUCGAUUUUGGACACGAGGAAAUGUCGCUCUCUGGCUAAAAAGUUCCGGAGACUAAAAUAUAUCUCAUCCUUCUUCUUGUACUUGUGAGAAUCAUUUUGGUAAUCAGGAUUUCCCCUGUGCCUAAUACGUCACAGAUUAGUCUGUGAAGAUAAACUAUAUAUGAAAACAAAAAAAGAGGGGGGGGAGGGGAGAGAAGGAGGUGGAAGGAAAGAACGCGUAAAAGAAAGAAAAUUCGAGACGAUAUAAAAUAUAGAGUGGAUCGAGGAUCACGAUGUCGUAUGAACGUAAGUUUGAAAUUUUAAGAAUUUUGAACGCGUUGAUCUCCGUGCAUAUGUAUGAAAAACGAAAUAAUUAAUAUUAAUUAUUAUAAUAAUUAAUAUUUAUAUUUCUCUUUCACGGAAUAUGAAUAUAUUAAAAAAUACAAUAAAAAUUACGGUAUUUUAGAUCGAUUAUUCACAUGUAUAGUCGAAUUUCUUUUUCCAUCGCGGUUGCAAUAUGCUCCUUCCGACAUGGUGAUGUUGAUCCACUCGAUAAUCAAGUGAGAGUUGCGAUCUGCCAAUUAAAUAAGAAAUUAUUCCGAUCAUACGAGGUGUUAGAAUGUGUAUCUCGGAAUUAUUUUUAUAUUAUUUGCCUAAGUGUAUGCGCGUAGAAAUGUAUCCUUGGGACGUUUGACGUGGGAUCGCAUUUCGAAUAAUCGGUCGAACAGCGCGUAAUCCCCAAUAGAAUGGAACGACGUUGAAACGUUAAUUGACAUUAACGAUUACAUUUGACGCCGAAUUAACUUGUGAUCGGUAUCGAAGGGCGAUAGAAUUUCUAUGACGUUGUGUCGAUGAUUUUAAAUUAAUGAGAAAUGCAACGGGAUUUGCGGAUAAAUUGUUAGAGUAUCUGUAUGUACGUGUGUGUGCGCGCGCGUGUGUUUUUGUGCGUGAAUACGACAAGUUAUUAUUCGCAAUAUUGGAUCGUGGGACGAUGUCCCAUCAAUACUUGAAUGCAUUGUGGUUUCGGUAUAAUGGACGUAUUAAAAUACGAAUGUAAAUAAAGUUUGUUAUUCAAGGUGUUUAAA